UAAACCGCAACCCACCCCCCACCCCACCCCCCGGGGGCAACCCACACCCCUACCCCUACCCCCACACCACACCACACCACACUAGCACAUCCCUGUCCCCCUCAAUUCCCGUAAUGGUGUUACUAACGAGGCAGGAAGCCGGCUCGGCAGCUGUGGCAUCAGGAAGCGGAGGCGGCGGCGACGGCGAUGGCGUGCUACAGGGAGGAGGCGGCGUGCUGGAUCUAAUGGGUUAGGCGGCAAGAACGGGCAUGUCCAUGUCUGGCGAGGAGGCGAGGACGGUUUCGCUCUCGUUUCCGCGGUUGUCGUCGGCUCCCUCCCUCAAGCGAGAAAAGCAAGAAGCGCGCUGCCUCCGCCAAGGCUGCCGACGAGGCCUCCACCAACCGCACCCGCGCUACCUCCCGACGCCAACCCCUCCGCUGGAUCCCCAUUGCUGUAUCGUUCUCCUCGGUGAGAUCUGGAAGCUUCAAUGGCAUGGGUAUCAUGUGAGAAGCUCCUUGCUGGUGGAUGCCCCUUGUUCUUCUGUUCCAGAUGUACAAGCUACAGGGCGACACGAGCUCCUGCUCCCUGCACUCCAUAGGUUAGCCUGCAUCGACGAGGAAUACUUGAGGACGCCAGGGGUGAAGAAGGGUGUAGCCUUUGGGAGCCUUGCCGCCAGAUCCGCCGUAUCCAGCGGCCCCGCGCGUCCCCGACAUCCCUCUUGCCGUGGUCUAGGGUGCUGCGAUGUCGUCUUGCCGUGGUCUCCAUUCGGCAUCAGCAUCUACAGUGUGCACUCUUGCAGGUGGAUGCACAUCUUGAUGGUAUGGUGGUUGGUAUUUGCUCUGCUGAAGAUGAAACUAGAAAAGAACAUGAGAAGAUUAUGCCAGUGGUGAUGGUGCCACUGGAAUGGCAUCCUCGACAUGUCCUUCGUCAACGUUCGUCGCCGGCAGCCAACACAAAGGGUCAGCCCAGGACGACCACACCACAAUUGAUGACAGGCUUCGGUGGCAGGCGAUGCGAUGCCCUCUGGAUUGUGCUUUUUUUUUGGGUACCGGGUGUAUAUGUGUUUGUAACGAUGAUGGCACGAUCAAUUGUAAAAACAAAGUCCAUUAUACCCGUAUUCGUGCAGUAAAAUAUUUACUACCUUAUAUAUCAGGCCCAAUCAACUACUAAGUAACUUUUUUACUCCCUCCAUGAUUGGAUAAUCCCAAUACAUAUCAAUAAUUUUUUUUA